GAUUUAUAAGGGGUUUUUUGUCCUUAUAGGUGGCCAUGAGAGCACUAGGGUUUGAACCUAAAAAAGAAGAGAUAAAGAAAAUGAUAGCAGAUAUUGAUAAGGAAGGAACAGGAAAAAUCAGCUUCCAUGACUUCUUGAUAGUGAUGACACAAAAAAUGGCUGAGAAAGAUUCCAAAGAGGAGAUUCUCAAAGCUUUCAAACUCUUUGAUGAUGAUGAAACUGGCAAAAUCUCUUUCAAAAACCUUAAACGUGUUGCCAAAGAACUGGGGGAAAAUCUCACAGAUGAAGAGCUGCAGGAAAUGAUCGAUGAAGCAGACAGAGAUGGGGAUGGGGAAGUGAAUGAACAAGAAUUCUUGCGGAUCAUGAAGAAGACCAGCCUUUACUGAAACAGAAUUUUAUUUAUUUUUGCACCUUUAUAUAUGUUCUGUUAGUUUUUUACAGCCUUUUAUUUCUUCUGAGACAGCAGAAAAUACAGGUCAAUAUUUUUUUUUAAGUGUAUGAUCUUACACUUGUGUUUGAGGACAGUUACCAACUGCUACCUUGUUUACAGGUAGCAACAUAGUUGCUUGUUUGUGCUCAUAAGAUGUUUACACUCUGGUUUUGAUACACAAAUCACAUUUUUCAGUGACAGUAUUCAGGUCCUUCUUUGACUAAAAAACAUGUCGAAUGAUUGUGGUUUGGUAAAGAGAGGACUGAAAACCAGAUAGUGUAAAUUUGUUUCCCAGCAGUUGAAGUUUUUGGUGUAAUGUCUUGUUUUGGGCCCAGCUACAGUGAACUCUUUAUAUGACGUAUUUGCAAGUAUCAGCUUUUUAUACUUUCUUAUAGUGAUUACUCCUCUUUUUUAGUGUUUUCUUUAAACUGAAAGAAAAAAUGUAAGUAAAUAGACUGCUGCAUCUUAACUUACUGCUAUUCAGUUCACACGUUUAAAGAAAUCUCUUUGCAAAAGAAGAGGGAAGAUACUGGCGCUGCUGCUGAAAGCUCUGUAUGUUUGCAGGAAUAUUCAGUGGCUGCCAAUAUGAUUGUAUUUAAAUAAAGUGUCUUUAUUUUAAGCCAGCAGAGUUUUGGAAAGAAGUACACAAAAAAGCAAACAAAUCCCCUGCUACUGCAUGGCCUCUGAUGUGCUGACAAAUGAUAAAAUGAUUUUCCAGGUA